AUGGCCCCCGUCGUGGUGAACCCCAGGGCCGGCGCCGUCCCGAGCAGCGACGACGACGUCGAGAAGCAGCAGCAGCAGCUGCUGCCAAACUACGACGAGUCGUCGCCCGCAGCUAGCGCAACCGACGAGAAGGUCACGGCCACCAACGUCGAGAAUGCCACUGCUGCUGCCGCUGCUGCUGCCGGCGCCAACACGGCCGACGCCAAGGCUGCCAACGCCGUCGUGCUCCGCGGCCGCUUGCUCGAGGCCCCUGAGUUUGUGCGCAGCCUGGCGCCCGAGCGCCGCGCCGAGCUCGAGAAGCAGCUCAAGCGCAAGAUUGACACGCGUUUGCUGCCUGCCAUUAUUGUCAUGUACAUCCUAAACUACAUUGACCGAAACAACAUUGCCGCAGCCAGACUGGCCGGCCUGGAGCGAGAUCUCCAUCUGUCGUCGGUCGAGUUCCAGACGGCUGUCAGCAUCCUCUUUGUUGGGUAUCUGCUCAUGCAGAUCCCGUCGAAUCUCUUCCUGAACAAGAUCGGCAAGCCGGCCAUCUACCUCCCCGCAUGCAUGAUCGUCUGGGGCAUGAUCUCGGCAGCAACCGCGGCGUGUACGACGGCCGGCGGUCUGCUGGCAAACCGCUUCUUUUUGGGUUUUGUCGAAGCAGCGUAUUUCCCGGGAUGCCUCUACUAUCUGUCUUGCUGGUACACGCGCGCCGAGCUCGGGUUCCGCACGGCUGUGCUGUACUCGGGCGCACUCAUCUCGGGCGCCUUCUCGGGCUUCAUCUCGGCCGGCGUGACGUGGGGCAUGGACGGCACGCGCGGCCUCGGCGCCUGGCAGUGGCUGUUCAUCAUCGAGGGUGUCGCCACUGUCUUCAUCGCCUUUGGCGCGUUUUUUGUUCUGCCCAACUUCCCGCGCACCACGACGUGGCUAACUGAGGAGGAGCGUAUUCUCGCCGUUUGGCGGCUUGAUGAAGACAUUGGCGAGGACGACUGGACUGGCAGCUCGGACCAGACCUUCUGGCAGGGCGCCAAGCUGGCCUUCCUAGACCCUAAGAUCUAUGUGCUGAUGCUGCUCCUGUUUUGCAUCGUGGCCAGCGGCACCGUGACCAACUUCUUUCCGACUGUGGUCAACACCAUCGGCUACAGCUCCGUUGUGUCGCUGCUGCUGACCACGCCGCCGUACGUGCUGGCCGUCAUCGUGACGUACGCCAACGCCGCCCAUGCUGACCGCACCGGCGAGCGCUACUGGCACAUUGCUAUUCCUAUGUGGGUAGCCAUCAUUGCCUACAUCAUCGCCGCCACCACGACGGCGACGGGGCCGCGCUACUUUAGCAUGAUGCUGAUGGUCCCGUCCGUCUACUCGGGCUUCGUGGUCGCGCUGGCGUGGAUUAGCAACACCAUGCCGCGGCCGCCGGCCAAGCGCGCCGCCGCCUUGGCCUUCAUCAACGCCGUCAGCAACUGCAGCAGCAUCUACGCCAGCUACCUGUACCCGACCAGCGCCGGCCCUCACUACACGACGGCCAUGGUCGUCAACUGCGUCACGGCCGCCAUCGCCGUGUGCGCUGCCACCGUCAUGCGCUUCAUUCUCGUCGGCCUCAACCGCAAGCUCGCCGCCGGCGUCUUUGUCGACGGCGCCAUCAACUCGCGCCCCGGUGAGCCCGUCAACCCGUUUCGCUUCAAGAUCUGA